AUGAGGUCCACGGCAACCGAGGCGGCUGCGUCUCUGCAGCGGAAUAGCGAACUGGCCAUCCGUCUGUCAUCAGCCCAGUCGCACGCAGCCACCCGACAAGGCGGAACGCCUCAGAACCAAAUGUCGGCCGAUAUCACCGCACGCGCAGUACCAAGAAAGACUUCGAUCCCGCGACAUCCUAUCCCUUCUAUGCAGGAGGCAUUCGCCGAGUCGCUGGCGGAGGUGACGUCGGGAACGCUCUCGCUCAAACCCAAGCUCGCUGUCGACAGCGCUCAAGCUCGCCGCGCCCGGCUAAUUGACCAGGACAAGUCAGAGGGGCCACCCGCCGCGCUGUGGCGGUAUCGCCCCGGCCAGAACUGCCACGAGCUGCGCAAGCUGAUUGCCCAGAUUGCCUUUGGUGUCUAUCUUCUUCUCAAGGGCAUGGCCAACAACAAUGCGCAGGUGGUUGCCAUCUUGCAGGGCCAUAUCGAUGAGGUCGAUGAGUACCUGAGAACGGCCAUGGACGAUCUUACGCUCGCCAAUCAGGACCUCGCUACCCGGCUAGAGCAUCUCAGGCUUCCACUGAGUGAUCUGCCUGCCUUUGAGGAUAUGCUCGAGGACCGGGCCUUCCGCCUCCGCAUCGUCGAAGGCAAUGUCCGGAUUGAGCAUAUUUUGUCGCGAACCGGCACCGCCCUGCUGCAGGCGACAGAGGACAUCAAUGAGGGCCUUCGUUCGACAAAGGAUUUCAAUGCCUAUCUUUCUUCUGAAUCUCAAGGCCCCUGGCACGCUGAUGCCGAUGUUGCCGACAUCUAUGAAGCGAUGCGCGGCAAUGCCGAAGGCUGGCUGAAUGCCUUUACCGAUAUGGAAGAAAAGAGCCACACGCUCGGAAUCCUCAUCGCCAAGCUGGCUGAAAUGGUCACUAAAAUGGACAAUUGUGCCGGUGAAUUCACCAUACAGCCGUACACACUGCCGGAAGACGACGUUGGGCAAACAUAUCACAUUUCACAGAUAUCAGAAGGCUCGCAGGAGUCCUCAAAUGACUCGUCUCACGAAACGACUCCUCCAGACUCUCCAGGUGCCCAGGCCCAUGUCCCACAGGAGCCUCCCCGUCUCUCGCUGCGGCUUAGUGUCCUGGACAGUAGUAGCCUGACAGCAGAUUUUCUCGAUCUCGGUUCAAGAAACAGCCUCUUUGGCGGCGAUGCUAUGUUCUCGACCUGGACCCCAACCUCAGGCACGGAAGAGAGGAAUAACGCUGCCAUCCAAGCCGAAAAAGCGGACGACCAGCGACCCCAUGAGCUCGCGAUCAUGUUAGACGCAGGCCCAGGCACGGAGUUUCAUGAUCGCCGGUCUAGCCCGGGUGGACGCGAAGAGAACGGUGGCGAGAGGAUCGAUACCGACGCCGCGGAUGCAUACGAUUUGGACAUAGAUGAUGACAACCUUUCAUCUAUUCCGCUUCGCAUUGACAUUGAUUCCCCAAAGCCGGUCCCAAAGUACCGAGCCCCUUCUCCGGCUGCACUGGGCCAGGCUACAGCAGUCCACCUGCGCCCAGGGACUGGCCGCAGCCACGAUGGAGGAGACAGGCAGAUCCCGCAUAGACAGCUUUCGAUGCGCUCACCGGUGCCCUCGGAAUCUUCGUCUAGACGGACCGAGACGAGUGGUACUCCAUCCAGAAAAAGAACGUCUCUUCGUGAGCGAAUUUCGCUUCGCACAGCACCACCGGAGGCGAUCCUUGUACCGGCACCAAAUGCGCCGCUACUCCAACGACCGGUGUUUGCGUCGCCACGGACCUACCAGAACUACAGGACGUUCACUGGCCCAGACUCGGCCAACAGCACGGAUCCUGAGCGAACCCUUGCUCCAUAUUACGCGGACGAAGUGGUGCACCCGAAAAGCAGUGCGGGUGCCGAAUUCAAUCCGCCCGUCUUUCCCGGCAUUCUCCCGUCUCCACACUCGGAUCAGCAAUUCUUCCGCCCUGUUCAGGCAAGCCCACAUUCGCCUCUGCAGCAACGGCCUCACACAGCCGGCCAAGUCCCGAUGCGAUCCCACCACCUCCGUAAUGCACCGUCGUCGAUGGGCAUGAGCACGCUGAGCAGUGUCACGACGAUGACGCAGGACUCAGAGGCCACCAGGCGAACGGUCAAGAAAAAGCGGAGUGCGUUUGGGUGGCUCAAAAAGGCCUUUACUCUGGACGACGAUGAGCGUGCGGAAUUUGACCAGCGCAAGAAGCAAGCUCAGCAGAACGCGUAUUUCGAGUCACACUCCAAGGGCCCGAAAUUCCUCGACGGCCGACGGGUCCGAUAA